CCUCAGGCCGCGGCACCGCCCGGGCGAUCGAGCCCCCGCUGCUCCCCGAGCGCAGCCCGAGCCCGGUGAGGACCGGACUGGACUGGACCGGACCGGACCGGGAGAGCGAGGCAGCGGGAUCAGCAGAGGGCAGCAGGAGCCGCGCUGGGAGCCGGGCCGCUGGAAGGCAGCGAGCGCGGCGGGAGCGGCUGGAGAGCUCUGGGAUUCCCCGGCCGGGCGCUGGGCUUUGGGUUGUUUGGUUUGCAACAAAAAGUUCAAGUGAAGCAGAUCCAUUCCUGCUGACCUCCUCUUUCAGCCUGCGUCCAGGUGAUGCUGUGAGCACAUGAACAGUGUGCAGGGACUCUUGGCUGCCUCUGUGAUUUCCAUCCAGAAUUCCUGCUUCAUCUAUCCUGCCUGUCAAAACUGCUUUUCUAGGCUGAUACUGGAUUCCAGGAGGUUCAGCUGUCUAAAAUGUGGCUGCACAGGUGAAGCUAAAGAUGCAAGCUACAGAUAUAGGUUGUCCCUAAAGAUUGCUGACACUAAUGAUUUAUUUGACAUCACUGUUUUUGGAAGUUGCUUAGAUCCAUUCUUUGGGGUCACCGCAGAAAAUCUGCAGAGGUAUAUUCAAGACUUCAGUCAGCUGUCAGGAGAAACAAACACAGAGUCAUCUACAAGAGCGUUAGUUCAAGCAGUGGAAACCUGUUUCAUUGGAAAAAGGUUUAUAUUUGGAGUGAAGGGUUUUACAAGGGAAGAUGGAGGGCAUUCUGUUGCCAGCAGCACCUUGCAGAAGUGUUCCAUAAUUAAUAGAAGUACAAGAAACCUUGUAGCAUGCCAGAUCUUCCCACCGAAUGCUGCAGUUACUGGCUUUACUGUGAUUGGCUACUUAGAUCGUCUCCUGCAGUCGGCAAAAUUCAGGAGCUGUAAUAACAGCUCAUAUUUACCUGAUGUGUCAUCAGCUCCCAUAGAUGAACCUCUCAGUGAGCUCAGCAGCUUGUCUAGCCUGAGCAGGAGCUCCUGUUUUAUUCAGUCUAGUGGCAGGGAAAGUUUUUUAGGGUUCUGGCAGCAAUCCUUCAGUCUGACUUCAUCUGUUGCUUGGGUAACAGCGGAAGACUUUCCCACUCUGGAAGUGGGAAAGCUGGUGAGUGAACAGCAUGAACAAGAGGAGAGGCCUGUCUCUGCAGAAUUGGGCAGUGUAAGCCUCAACAAUCAAACUCUUUGGGACUCACGGUUUCUGAUCUCUUCUGUGAAGGAAGGGGAAAAAGAGAAGGAUAAUGAAUCAAGUUCACAGCUUAAUCGGACUGACAGUAUCUCUGCAGCUGAUAAUUUAGAGAGCAUUUGCUCUUCGAACACCGAAUGUUCACAUGGAAACAGUUCCAAGUUGUUACAACAUCCCUUGGAAUCUGAGGUAAAAAACAAUUGCCCAAAAAAUAAUAGAAAUCAUUGUUAUCCAGAAAAAUCCCACAACUGCCUUGUUUGCAAGAGAGAUGGCUCAGCUCCUAAUCACAUAAAUGUAGCUGGAGUGUCUCGGAUGGACUCUAUGCUCUGGGAAGAGCUUCCAUUCUCAGAAAGCCUAAAUGAAUUGUUAGCCAGAAUAGAGGAGGGCAGGAGUGUUGUAACAUCACCCAGCCUUGAUGCAGGCAAACGUGUCCAUCUUGAAAGUAGCAAGUUGGAUGUAAAUCUUAACAAAUUACAUUCCAGGCAAGCUGUAGGUGAUUUGCCUGCAGCCAGUGUCUCAGGGAGGCUCUUGCCACCAGCAGAGAAUGAUAGUUGGGAGAACAUAGUGUUUGCUUGUCUUCAGUCAAAUGCAAACCCUCCAAGUGAUGUUUCACAGUGUGAGUCUUCCCCUAGUGAUUUAUCUUCAACCCUCAAAGAAGGUGGAGCAUCCUUACCAGUUACACCAGAGCCUUCCAUUUCUCACAGCAGAUGUGUGCAGUCCAAAGAAGCAAAUUCACCUUGGUCUUUUAUUAGGCUGCAUGGAAAAACCUCCUCUUUAAAAAAGAGCAAUACAGCCACCUGUGUGCAUUCGGCAUGUGAAAGUUUUUUAGCUGCUUGUGAAAAUAAAGAAAACUAUUCUACACAAAGCCAAAAAACAGAUCUUAUACUCACAGGGACCCAGGUCUUUGAUCCACCAACUCCCAACAACGCAAGAAGGAUAUAUAAAAGACAAUUAAAACCAUUGACAGAACUGUCAGAUAAUACCUUCAGAAGUGUUAGUAGGAAAGACAUGCAAUGGAACAACAUCUUCCCUGAAGGCAGCUACAAUGCUUCUGCUGAUCUCUUUGAUGCAAGUGUAAGAGAGGUAGCAAAACCUGUGGAAUUCUUAAAUAAAUCAUGUAAUUCUUUAAUACAGGAAGAUACUUUGACAGAGAAGGUCAUAGCUGAAUCAAUGCUUUCUCCUGGAGGUGUUCCUUGUAACAGUUCAAAACCGAGCUCAUCCCUACACAGGUCCCCACAUGCUUUCAGCAAGCACAGUACACCUGUAACUUCCUCCUUUUCUGAUUCAGAAUGCAGUUCAGUUUGUGCUCAGGACUUUGUUCCUUAUUCACAGUCAACUCCUAUGACAAAACCUCUGCAGAAACUAUGGCCUGUUGGGGAAAGAAGCUCUUUUAUCACCAUCUUCACCCCUAAGAAUCCCACUAAAAUCCAUUCCAAAUGCAAGCGAUCCAGGUCUUCCUUUCAGAACACUCUGCUGCAGCAGCUUACCAGCAAGUUAGUGAAACGUGGGAGACCAAGGAACAGGGAAAACAAAGAAGGUGGUAGCUCUGCUUCUCAGCAGCUGCCUGCCAGCUUGGAGGAGUGGAUCCCUCCAUCUUCAAACAAAGGGCUGAAACCAACUGCACCUUUAAAUUUGAAAACAAUUGGCUGGGCUGCUGACUUGGAAUCCACCUGUGGGCACGCUGACAGGAACCCUAUUUCUAAAAGCAGAAAGAACAGUGAAAAUGAUAAAAAUCUCAUCCAAAAUAAGAGAGUAAGUCCUGGGGAUAGAGCCAGAAUUCUAACAAUUCCUGUAUCUGCAAGUGUCACCAAGACCUCAUUUUUAAAUGAUCCAGUCCUGAAAACUUGUUCCCCUUCAGAAGGUGAGAGUCACUUCUCAGGUGGAAAUAAUUCAGGGGUUGUGUUGGAAGGGCCAACUGUCUGGUCCCCUGAGCUGUUCCUCAAAGCACGGACUCCUUUUUCCAAUAAGCCAGAAUACUAAGAUACAUUUAUAUGCUGUGUUCUUUUUAAUUGUUUUUUUAAACUUUUGGGGAGGAUCCAGUGGAAGAAAAAAGCUAUUUAGAAGUUAAAUUGUUUAUACACCUGUCAGCAUAUGUCUUGCAAAGAGGAGUUAGGUUUAUUUUCAGACCUUUGUACCACAGAAAUGAGGGAAAUUACAAUUUGUAGUUACUGUAUUUUCUUGAAAAUUAAUUAAGAUGUGCAAUAAACACUUCUAUAAAUGUGUGAGUA